AGAAAAGAAAAAGAACUUAGUUAGACUUUGUCAUAGAAGACCAAUGCUUCUUUCACUUACCAACAAAAAGUUUCAACCUUUUAACUCCAAAGAAGGAAACUUUCCAAACCAAAUCGGAGAAUGGCGUUAUCACGACUCUCUCUCCGAUCCACCACCGCUUUACCUCCCUCCCUCCUCCGCUACGUUUCGACAGACCCAACCCCGAUCACAAUCGAAACGGCCGCCCCUUUCACCGCCCACCAAUGCGACGCUCCCUCACGCUCCGUGGAGACCUCAUCCCAGGAGAUCCUCUCCUUCUCGCGUAUGGAGAUCGCCGCAAACUCUCUCUACAAGUCCAAACUGAUCCGCGGGUUCUGCCACCUGUACGACGGCCAGGAGGCUCUAGCCGUGGGGAUGGAGGCGGGGAUCACCAAGGAGGACGCCAUCAUCACGUCGUACAGAGACCACUGCACGUUCCUGGGGCGCGGAGGAGAGCUCGUGGACGCGUUCUCGGAGCUCAUGGGGAGGAUGAGAGGCUGCUCCAAUGGGAAAGGAGGGUCGAUGCAUUUUUAUAAGAAGGACGCGAGUUUCUACGGUGGGCAUGGGAUCGUUGGCGCUCAGAUUCCGUUGGGGUGUGGUUUGGCUUUUGCUCAGAAGUAUUCUAAGGAGGAGAAUGUGAGUUUUGUUUUGUAUGGUGAUGGUGCUGCUAAUCAGGGUCAGUUGUUUGAGGCCUUGAAUAUUGCCGCUCUUUGGGACUUGCCUGCGAUUCUCGUUUGCGAGAAUAACCAUUAUGGAAUGGGAACGGCUACGUGGAGGCCUGCUAAGUCUCCAGCCUAUUUCAAGCGUGGAGACUAUGUUCCUGGCUUGAAGGUGGAUGGUAUGGAUGUACUGGCUGUGAAGCAGGCGUGCAAGUUUGCCAAGGAGCAUGCGCUCAAGAAUGGCCCUAUUACCCAAACACCAAACAAAACCAUUGUCAUCAUUAUGGAUACCUACAGGUACCAUGGUCACUCUAUGUCUGACCCGGGAAGCACCUACCGUACACGUGACGAAGUCUCCGGCGUUAGACAGGUGCGUGAUCCAAUUGAAAGGGUGCGAAAAUUGCUGUUGUCUCAUGACAUAGCUACAGAAAAAGAGCUUAAGGACAUAGAGAAAGAGGUGAGGAAAGAAGUAGAUGACGCCGUUGCUCAAGCCAAGGAGAGCCCCGUUCCAGAGCCAUCCGAGCUAUUCACAAACAUGUACGUGAAAGACUGUGGAGUCGAGUCAUUUGGAGCAGACAGAAAAGAGCUCAAAGUGACACUUGCAUAAGUCUUGCUCCAUAGGAGAUUGAAGUUUCAAUAAAUCCAUAAAAGCCAAGGGCAACAGACAAAUCUUGGGUCUUUCUACCAAACCAUUUUCUGGUUUUCACUUUUCGUUUAAAGUGCAAAGCAAUUGCUUCAGUAUGCUAACUUUGUUUGCCUCUUUUAAUAUACAACAACAUUGUUAAAGCAAGAAGCUUAAGAUACCAGUCUUUCUAUAUAUCUGAGAAAAGAUAAGAGAAGCAAGAAGAGAGCAGUUAAGAAAAGAUCUUAUCAUCAUCUUUGUCUGUAUAAAGAAAAGAUUGUCGACAUCUGAUGUGAGGACAAAAUCAUCAAGAACCCGUGUUU